CAAUCGCAACACAAUACAUGGCUCCAGGUUGACCUGCUGCUCAUUUCAAACCCCAACGGCGAAUGCGAUCAUGGCUCCUCUCAGCAGCAACGUCAAUGGUGGAUCACUGGCCAUGGAUAAGCGAAUGCCCGAGCCGGCGACCACUCGCACCUCACCGCCUACAAGAAGCAGCAUGACUCUCGAAGGAGGCUUUCUCGAGGCCUGGGCACAAGGAUACAAUGUGGGCAGUUUGAUUAUCCUCAUCUUAAUUGUCUUUUGCAAUUACCGGUCCGGAAUCUGGCUUCACAAGCUUAUUCUACUCGAGCUUCUUCUCGCCAUCGGACACGGUACCUUUAUCUUUGUCGAUGACCCGCACUAUGGAUGGUAUCUGUCAGCCACAGCUACCCUCCUCUUCAUCUCAUACUUUCUGCACAACGUAGUCGCCUGGCUUAAGAUUCGACCUUUUUUGCCGCUAUGGGGUUCCCGCCUUUUCAUCAUCUCGCUGCUUUGCGUACAACCUUUUUGGGUCGCAGAAGCAUGGUCCAACUUUGCGUACUUUAACCAGCUUAGCACUGGCUCUAAAGUCAAUCUCCGUACGCGCCCCUGGGAGGCGCUAGUCAGGGACCCAUGGUGGAUCUUCACAACCUGGAGACUCAUUCACGCUAUCAAAAAGACCUAUGCGUUUAACCUAUGGACCCUGAUCCGCAUCAACAGAAGGUUUGGAGUCAUGCUAGCUUGCAUGAUUCUAUCCAUCGCCUUCCUGCUGACUGAUGUCGCCGUCAGCGCCGCAAAAGUCACCGCAAGCAGUGGCAUCAACCCCUACUGGCGCUUCGCACUGGUUUUCAAGUGUGCCUCCGAUACUAUCUUCCUCGAUGACUUCAAAUCCGUCCUCGACGACAUUGUCGCCCGCAAGUUCAGUUCUGCCGGCGACACCGCACCGCGCGGCUCCGUCUCGCGUACCGGCCACCACAAGCGAUCACGCUCGACUUCGCGCGAAGAAUUCAUCGAUUGCACCAUGCUCGACCGAGCAACCAGCCCAUCUCCCAACAACAAUACCAAGCCGAAGCCCACAAGACCCAGGCUUGGUUCUUUGUUCUCUUCUAAAUCUCGUCAUGCGUCUUCCAAGACCCCGAUGAUUCACAUCCAACGUCCCGAAGAGACCGAGGCGCCACAGCCAAGGCAUUCCAGUCAGGAUACUUGGAGUAGUUUGUCGCCCGUGGUUCCGAGACCAGCGCAUACGGUAUAUCGCAAUCCCGAUUUUAGGGCGAAUGAGAGCGACGGGAGUUUACUCAUCGGCCGGCUUGUUUGAGUAAUUGAUGCCAAGAUGCCGCUGGUCGGCUGCCGCAUCUUAUUCUUUAACUCGAGCUUCUUGCCUCUCGUACGCAUUCAACUCGUGUGCCGCAUAGUGGGCAAAGGGACGCCGUGUCUCUAUAUCUCUUAGCGCCUCAUUACUUGACGAUCGAUGGAGGAAGAGCCGGAAGGGCAUUGUACAUAUACAUUUUUUUUUCU